CUACCUUCCCUUGAAACAAAGAGGACCAAGGAUGGCGAGCUGCUGGGCGGUCCUGCUGCUGCUGGUCACCGUGGCCGCCGCGCUCCCCGUGAAGACCCCUCAGCCCUACGAGAAGGCCAUUGCCCAGGCCAUCGACUUCUACAACCAAGGACCAACGGUGAAAUAUGCCUUCCGCCUCCUUACAUCCACCCCUCCGCCUGAAGUGGCCCAGGGCACCGUAUUGAAUAUUCUUCAGCUGAACUUCACCAUCAUGGAGACCACGUGCCUGGCGUCAGACAAAGCCGCUGUGGAGCAAUGCGCCUUCAGAGAGAAUGGGCUGGUCAGAGACUGCUCAGGACACGUCUCCACCCAGGAAACAUGCCCUGUCGUCGCGAUCACCUGUGACGUCGCCCCUGCGCAGCCCGUUCGCGUCACCAGGUGGUGGCCCCUUCUGCGCUUAGGCGCAAAAAUCAUCGGUCACGGCAUUUCCUUCUUCCGCAAGCGGGAUUAAUCCAGAGAUCGAGGAGGGGAACGCAAGCUUGGCAGACCUGCCCGUGCCCCACGCUGGAAGCUCACCAGGAAUCGAGGCGCAAGUCGGAACCGCCCCAGGGAUCGCACUUUUCCUCACGGCCUAGCUACCCCCUUAGUCCAAUUGCAUCUGCCAGGGCG